UCGCAGGGGAUGCUGGUUAGUGGGCGAGCGCCGCCAUCUUGGAGUGUUCCACGAGGCCGCAAGAAGGGAGAGAAAUCAGGCGAAAAAACCUGAAAAUCGCCGCUAAGCACCGCCGACAAACAUGCCGAGCUCGCAGCCAUUACCUCCGAAGGAGAAUGCGCUUUUUAAACGAAUUCUGAAAUGCUACGAGCAGAAGCAAUACAAAAAUGGUCUAAAAUUUGCCAAGCAAAUUCUCACCAAUCCAAAGUACUCGGAGCAUGGAGAGACCUUGGCUAUGAAAGGGUUGACGCUGAACUGUCUGGGAAGAAAGGAGGAGGCAUAUGACCAUGUAAAAAGGGGCCUACGAAGUGACUUAAAAAGUCAUGUUUGCUGGCAUGUCUACGGUUUGCUCCAGAGGUCUGACAAAAAGUAUGAUGAAGCCAUCAAGUGCUAUAGGAAUGCCCUCAAGUGGGAUAAGGAAAAUAUCCAAAUCCUCCGGGACCUUUCCCUCCUGCAGAUACAGAUGAGAGACCUUGAUGGUUACAGGGAAACACGGUACCAGCUCCUUACCCUUCGGCCAGGCCAGAGAGCAUCCUGGAUUGGUUAUGCCAUCUCCUAUCACCUUCUCAAGGAGUAUGACAUGGCGUAUCAGAUAUUGGAGGAGUUCAGAAAGACCCAGAAUACUAACCAGAUGAAGGUUGAUGUAGAACAAAGUGAGCUGUUACUUUAUCAAAACAUGGUGCUGCGCGAAUCAGGGCAGCUCAACGAGGCGAUCAAAUAUCUGGACACAAAUGAACACUUGAUCUGUGACAAACUUGCUAUUAAAGAAGUACAAGGCCAAAUUUUUAUAGAACUUGGGGAAAGAAGCAAAGCUGAGGCAAUUUAUAGAGACCUGAUAAAGAGGAAUCCAGAAAAUCACUCUUACUACAAGCGGUUAGAAGAGGCACUUGGUCUUACUGGAGAAGAAGAAGAUAGAUUGAAUCUUUACCUUCAGUACAACUCGCUGUACCCUCGUGCAUCUGCUCCCAAGAGACUACCACUCAAUUUCACUAAUGGCGAGAGAUUUUCAGAUUUACUGGACAAGUUCAUGAGACCAGCAAUCAGAAAAGGUGUUCCUCCAUUGUUCAACAAUCUAAGGAUGCUUUACUGUGAUAAGGAAAAGGCUAAAAUUAUAGGGGACACUGCUCAUCACUACUUGGAGAACCUGCAAGCCUACAGCACCUUAACUGGCAAAGUUGGCGAAUUGGAAUCCCCAUCAGCAUUGCUGUGGACGUAUUUCUUCCUAUCUCAGCACUAUGAUCAUUUACGAGACACAGAGAAAGCUCUAGAUUAUAUAAACAAGGCUAUUGAUCAUACGCCAACACUUAUCGAGGCUUAUAUGGUGAAAGGGAGAAUUUACAAGCAUGCUGGGGAUAUUGACAAAGCAGCAGAGAUCAUGGAUGAAGCGCGGGCAUUUGAUACAGCUGAUAGAUAUGUCAACUGCAAAUGUGCCAAGUACCAGCUCAGAGCUAAUCAAGUGCAGAAAGCAGAAGACACAUGUGCAAUGUUCACACGUGAUGGAUUCCAAGCUGCAGAAAAUCUGAAUGAGAUGCAGUGCAUGUGGUUUCAGACUGAGUGCGGUCGUGCAUACCAGCGGCUUGGUAAGAUGGGAGAGGCUUUGAAGAAAGCUCAUGAAGUGGAGAAACAUUUUGAAGAGAUAACAGAUGAUCAGUUUGAUUUCCAUACUUACUGCAUGAGGAAGAUGACCCUCUGUGCCUACAUCAAAUUAUUGCGUCUGGAGGAUGUUCUAAGAAGUCAUCCAUUUUAUUUCAAAGCAGCAAAAUUAGCAAUUGAGUGUUAUGUGCGAUUACAUGACAAGCCUCUGACUGCAACCAAUGAAGAUGAUGAUGCAAACGCUGGCAAUUUAUCUGCCAAGGAGCUAAAAAAGUUACGAAGCAAACAAAGAAGAGCAGAGAAAAAAGCUCAGCUCCAGGAAUCCAAGAAAGCAAUAGAAGUCAAUGCUUCUAAGGAUGCAGAGAAGAAGGCAGAAGGUUCUAAGGAAUCUCCAUUUGACCCAGAUGACUUAGCCAGGGUGUCAGACCCUUUAGAUCAAGCACUGUCCUUCCUAAAGCCCUUACAACAGCUUGCAUCUGACAGAAUAGAAACCCAUCUAAUGGCAUUUGAAGUAUUUAGCAGAAAAGGAAAGCUACUAUUAAUGUUGCAAUCCAUCAAGAGAGCAUAUCGCUUGGAUUCCAUGCACCCCAAGCUCCAUGAGUGCAUAGUUAGGUUUGUCAAAAAAGUUUCAGAAGCCAAGGGCCUCACUUCACCUGUGUCUGUUGUUAUUGAGCGUGAACUGAAGGCUAUUGUGCAGGUAGAGGAGAUCACUGCAUAUAACAGGAAGCACAUUGAAAAGUACAGGGACUCCAUUCUACACAGGCUCGCAGGAGGAAGGAUGAUGUACCAUCUGGACGCCAAGCAACGCGAAGAGGCUUUAGCAUUGGUCACAGAUUUGUCUGAUUCAUUAGUAGACCGAACCCUUGAGAAUUGCACGGAAGUGUUUGAGGCGAUAUGCAGUGGUGAAUUCGGCGAGUGCGAGAAAACAGCCCAGUCAUACCGGGACCAGUGCCAUAGUCUCUUCCCAUAUGCGACCCUCUUCUGUAAGGAGGAGAAAGACAUGGCCAAGGUGAAUGGGCUCAAGGAGUGUGCGCCUGGCGAGGAGCGCGAAUGCGACGGUGAGGUGUGAAUGCACAAAUACACCAAUCAUUAGAACAAUGUCCCUGUCUACAUCAGCACUAGUUUGCCAUUAUGAGAUGUGAUGACUGUAAAAACAAAUACCGGAUGGUCGAACCAGAACCACGUGCUGUGUAUGGACGCCAUGGCGUGCUUUGUGUAAGGAAUUCGUCUUGAUAGACUUGGCCAGGUGAUACCAAGAGUAUGUAUGCCUCGUCAUCAUUGAGAGGGGCACGGCUAAAUAGCCUUAAAGAGGAGCACAGUGUGUCUAUAUGGAGACAUGAACUUUACCGUAUCUUCAGUGGGACACAGAAAAACUCGAAUGCAUCGCUUUCACUUCAGAAGCUUCGAAAAUCCACGGAGAGGUACCCAGCGCUAUUUAUCCACUAGAAUGUGUGCCGAACACUCGAUAACUAACAUCUGAAUUGAAUGCAGAAUGCAGGGAUGAUUUCCCUUUGUCUCCUCAAAUCACAUGGGAGUACGAACCCAGCGCUAUGCUGUCUGGGGUUAUUGUCUUCCCGAAUCACACGGAACUAUUUCAAGGUAGCUAUUGCCCUCCCCACUACUCGGCUGACGACAAAAGCUGUCACUCAUCUAGUGUUGGUAGAUGCAAGAUAAUAUAUGCUCUGUUGUAAGCAUUUGAUUCAAAGUUUGGGUGAUUCCUGGAAACCGUUCGGGUUUUCGACCCGGGUUUUCGUAUCCCGGUUUCUCUCCCCAGUGGGCACGCGGUCUACCAACAAUCCUAAGUCAGUAAGCUUGCUAUGCAGACUAUUCGAUGCACAGAUUAACGUUUAAUUAUUUUGUAAGGAAACCCCAGCCCAUUGAACUAUUGUAUCGCGGUUGCCAGAACAGCUGCGCCAGAUGAUUUUGUCGAUGAUUCUGUCGGGAGUCUCAGCUUGUUAUUAUUAUUGUAGGUGUAUACUAGUGUCUCGAGUACUUGCGAGGGCAUGGCUACUUUUUAAUAUAAAAAUCGCCUGAUAACUUUAUCGAUAAAUAAAUAGCAAUUCAUAACA